AUGCCGCCUUCUACUGUCUUCUCAUACUGGCGCCGCGAUCAUCGCCGCUCAAGUGCUUCCCCCGUCUCUUCGGCGAGGGUUAACGGCGCCAGCAACGUUCCACAGCUCCCAGUUAUCCCUAAUUCAACGGCACUGCCGACUACGUUUAGUUCGGAAGGACCAGGUACUCAGGUGUCGAGCGAUUAUCAAGCCGAAGUUGAUUUGAGCAAAGCUAAUAUCGCCGUAUCUACUGCUGCGAUCAAUGCUCCGUCGUCUUCUUCCGCCACCCUUGCGGUACCCUCCGCCUCCUCCGAUAAAGAUGUUCGCCCCCAUUCAAGCCCCGAAGAACGAGAAUUAGAUCUAUCCCUAACUCCACAAUCGAAUUACUCGCAGCCAUCUGGUUCGCGCCUAGACCAUGUUGAAGGCGACUCAUCUAAGCCGAAUUCGCCCUUCCGGCUCUCAUUCGGAAAAGGACGGUUGAACUCCCAUUCACAGUCCUCCGACAGUCAUCUGAAGCGUUCAUCCACCCCCGAUAUGGCGCAACCAGGCCAUUCCCGCUUUAAGGCACCCCCUGAUGAAUCUGUCACCGAAAGGACAAUUGCGCCGCGAAGGGACCACAGAUAUGAGAGUACAAUUAGCCGCCGGCAUGGAGAUCGGGAUGUCUCUGCAGAGCCUGUCCACCACAAAUCGGGGAAGGCGAUGCUUCAUCUCUUGAACCCCAUGUCUCUCUUGGCUAGAAGGCGUUCUUCCCAGGUAACGGGCCGGGCGGAGGAUGCGAACAUCAGGGCCCGUAACGUAAUCCCUGCCAUACCGGAUGACUAUGACCCUAGAAUCCGUGGGAACAUUGUUCAUGAUUUCUCCGCUCCUCGGCCUCGUCGGAACCUGUCCGCAGCGCCUGUUUUACUACAUGUCCCUGUAAAUGACCAGAGAAAGAGACAUAGCGAAUACUCUCCUGUCUUCAGAGAGCAUUUUGAGGAAGACCAGAGAGCACUCCAGGUUGAGAAUAAGGCUUAUCUACAGUCGUCCCUGUUAACUAACCCAUCCCAUCAUGAAAGUGAUGCAAAAUCUGUUCCUGUUUUUGCCCGGAACCUACCAUCGAGCCUUCCAGACCCUGAUAGAGAAGCCCAUGUUACCGGUAACAGUGCGUCUACUAAAGGCCACGAAAUUGAACCGGCAGACGACGGCGCGCCCCUGGAUGCAGACACUGUCGAGAUAGUACCGCAUCAACCAUUGGGCCUACCAAAACAUCUCAAGAGUAACGCGUCUCGUUUCAGCUUUGAUAUGAAUGGAGUGGAAUCUUCAACGCAGGAGAAGCUCUUGGAAGAGAAACAUAAAGAGAAGGAAGCUGCACGAAGGGCUAAAGCCCGACUUGAAGGAGAAUUUAGCGAUGCAGAUGACGAUUUCGAUAAUGAUCUUAUAGACGACAUGGAUGAUCUUGAAGAGAAGAUUCCAGGCGUCAACGUUGAUGCAGAUGAGGAAUAUGACUUCGACGAUUUUUCCGGGCCGGGGGACAUCUUGAACAAUUCGUGGCUUGCCCCUGGCUUGUCUCCGGUAAUUGCUAGUCCAAGUAGUCCCACUGGCCCGAGCAUGGCCCCUUUCUCGAACGCCCAAGGUGACCAAACUUUGGCUCCUGAGCCAGAGAUAAGCCGGAGCUCUUCUAUGUAUGAACCUGGAGCUGUGCAUUCGAGCAACGAAACACCCUCCAACCAUGAAGUGGAAGCCUUCCCGCAGCCGCAGACUGCGUCUUCUUCGAUGGCCCCACAAAUGACAGCUAACACUCAUCUGAAUACAUCACCACCACUCGUUGACGAGGAAGACGAUGACUUGUAUUUUGAUGAUGGAGAGUUUGGCGAUCUCACCGCUGACAUCGAAGGCGAAAAGUUUGAUGAAUCAAUAUUUGACGACGAAACAAGUCAUCUGUAUGACCGAAAGCCGGCAGCCCAAAGAACCGCUUCUGUUCGGCAGGAGGAACCAAAUCCUGGCAUUGGAGACGUUCCAAAUGAAUGUGAUGGACUACGCGGAUACGACGGCGGCAUUAAGCAUGUCCCAAGUAUGGCGAGUGACUAUCGAGAAGUGGCCCCUAGGAGGUACGGCCUUGAGGAGGAAGAUAUACCCGACGUAGGGCCAGCGAAGUCGUAUGGAGGUGUGUUGUCAGAACACAACCUCGAGGCACUGCACAAUGCUCUGGCUAAAGCAGCCAAUGAUUCAACCACUAAUGACAGAUUUGGACGCAGCAUCAGUGUUAGUGAGCAGUCUCUGGGCCAUGAAAGUAUCACGCAGACCGUGGAUUCUCAUUCGGGGUUAGUGUCAGAUGACAGUCGCUUGAGCCAGCUGGCCGACGUAGUAGGUGUCGAGUCCGUAUUUGAUGAUUUCGAUUACGACGACAAUGGCGCUGCCCUUUAUGAUGACCCUAUCAUUGCCGCUGCUAAUGCGGAGGCUUUGGAGAAUGAUGACGAAGGGUUCUACGGCCAGGAAUUCGGAUUCUAUGCACAGGCAUAUGGAAAUUGUACCUCGGAGCUCACCAAUGGCGGGUAUUUUGGACCGCGCGGCAUUGAAGGUAUUACCCGCAGCUUUAGCAGCCGUGGUAAAUUCAGGGAGCCCAGUUUAACGCCCAUCACCGAACGAAGCGAGUGGAGUACGCGCAAUUCGGUCAUCUCAUUAGCUGCUCACGGAGCGGCGCACUCGAAUCCACUGUCGAGCCCUGGUUUGGCCCAACUGGUGGACAUGGGAAGUAUCGAGGACGAAAUGACACUCGGCGCGUUAUUGAGGCUCCGGCGUGGUGCUUGGGGUGGGAGCAAUGGAAGCCUCCGCAGCAGUAGCGGAAGUCCACCUCCACAUCCGCACCCUUCCUCGAACCGUGGAAGCUUCACUGGUCUUUCUGACGUGAGCCCAACAGUCUACAAUGCUCCUCCGGAUGCCUUCGGUGGCACAAGCGCGACUGAUUCUCCAAUUGACAGGUGGGGACCACCACAUAGCCUCUCCCAGCAACAAAACAGUAUUGAAGGUGAAUGA